UCCGGUGUUGACGAGAGUGUCACGGAAAACGACUUGCUGCUUUAGAAAAUCCUGCCCCACACCCGCACAGUGCUCGUGAGGGGUUUAGCUCUUGGAUCGGUAUCAAAACCCCCCUGUGCCUCCACUCGAGACAGUGGGUUGUGGGAUUGCUCCGUGAGUUGAGAGCUCCUUUUUUUUUUUUUUUUUUUUUUUUUUUUUUUUUCUGGUUUCUUUCGGAGUACUUGAGCAGUGCAGAGUCAAUCUGCCCGUGAGUGUACACUUGUGAAAUUUGGAGAAGUUGAUGUGGGUUGUUCAUCGGGAAAGUUGAUCAGCAUAUUUCCGUUUGGGAAGUGCGCCUUGACUCCAGUAUUCUCUCUCGCGGGAAGCUGGUCGUCACAUAUCUAGGUUGUCCUUGAAAUUAUCAGUGAGAGUUGUAAUUUUCAGUUAUUUUGAAUCUUCGUGUCUCUGUCUCCUUGCUCGAUAGCUGCCGUAAUCGGUGACAAGUUUGAUUGUAGCAAUCCAAGCUUAUAGACUUGGUGGUACACCCUGUGAUUUUCUCAUAACUCAAUUAUCUUUUCCCAUAUCUGUCGAAGUUCCACCGAUACUCUAGAGCACACUACAAGUUUCAGACCACCAGUGUAACGUAGUUGCUUUUAUGUGUACAUCAAGAUCUCCGUGUGUUUAAUCCGUCGGGGCUGGAUUCUUCUGAUCCGGAUUGGAAUUAAGCCAAAGCUAUUCAAUUAGAUGCAGCUAGUUUUUGCUUGAAAGAAAAAAAUUCCGAAGCCAAUCGGACUGGUACUUUUAAGUGGCGCUCGUGGAACUGGCCAUCACUCACAAGGUAGUUGUCUGUCGACGACGAAGAAAUAUUUCAGGCGACCCCUUCAGCUUGUGAUCAUGAUAAAGACCUAGCACGAGCACUAGAUUGGUCGAGGUAACCCAUCCCAGCAAUCCUCGUUGGGGUCUUCAUUCAGUUCCAUAUGUGUUGGUCAAUCGGGAGUGUGCAGGCGAAGUGGAGCGGGUACAAAUUGGGCUUAGUCUUCCGCACCGUGUCAACUAAGAGAGCCAAGUCUAGGGAGAAAUUAGGGGAGCCAGGUCGCUCAGAGGUCAAGCUACGACGCCUCAAUCUUCCCCCCAAUCUCCCCCCCAAGAUAUGGAACACUCAUCUUCCGUCGACGAUCUCGUGGGCACAUUCUGGGACGAUUCUGCCAAUCUUGUAGACAAGGCAGCAGCAUCCACGACGAUUAACAGGAGUGCAUCCGAAUGGUCUUUUCAAGAAUUUCUUAAAGACAGCCACUCCGCUGCCGCUGGCCCAGGGGCCCUCAAGCUGCGGCCUGCUUGCAAGAGCCGGUUCCUGAUGGAGCAUGGCGAUGUCAAGGUGUGCGAACCCGAGGCACAGAAAGUGAAGGAAUCUCUCAGGGCUGAGGAGGAAGAUGUAGGUGAGGAGCCUUACAUCAGUGCAGCCGAGCUUCGAUUAUAUCCUCACUCCGGAAGCUCAGAUUUCUCCGCGCCCAUGGGGACAAGUGAGGAACUUCAGGUUGUGGACGACAACGAUCCGAGUGUUGUAGUGGAGGGCGCGUUGAACCCUUUGUUCUCAGGUAUGCGUGACGACAAUGAAGCGAUUACUGCCCAUGCUCGAAUAGCCGGUAACCCUGUCGCGCCUGACACCCUGGAUGGGGUUAGAUAUCCCCAGGAAUACGAAUACAUUUUAAAACACAAGCUGGAGAUGGCUUGUGCUGCAGUCGCCAUGACUCGGAAGUUAAUUUGGCAACAGGCAAAGGCAAGACAGACAAGAGGAUCAGCGGAAGCUAGUGUUGGGCGAGCAGAACCAUCACCAAAAAUCCAAGCAUCUGGAACACUUCCUCCGAAAGGAAAAACAUCAGCUUGUAACCUUCCUGCUGCGGAGAAAUCCGAUGCAGAUGUGGGAAAGAGUCGACCAAUCACCAGCGGCUCGGAAGUCUCUGAAGAUGAAGAACAUGACGAGCAGAACGGAAAGACAGCACCUGGUGACAUCAAACGCGUCAAGAGGAUGCUGUCUAACCGCGAAUCUGCCAGAAGAUCUCGUAGAAGAAAACAGGCCCAUUUGAGUGAGCUGGAAAUGCAGGUAGCUCAAUUGAGGGUUGAGAAUACAAAUCUGUUGCAGAGACUCCAAGAUAUCAGUCAAAAGUUCCAAGAAGCAGCUAUUGACAAUCGUGUUCUCACGGCAGAUUGCGAAGCCUUACGUGCCAAGGUGAAUAUGGCAGCACGAGAUUUGAUGGCGAGGCAUGGACAAAUUCCUGGUGGACAAUUUAUCUUGGAACCCAGCUUGAGAUAUGUGUUGCCUUACGAAAUGCAGCCCGUCGCCGAUGAAUCCGCGCAGUAUAUGCAGCAGGUAAAGGAAAAUACUCCUUUAGCACACCAGGAUCACCAACAGAGUAGUACUGGUCUGGGUAAGAUGGGACGUACCCCGUCGAUGCAGCGCGUUGCCAGCUUGGAGCAUCUGCAGAAGCGCAUCCGGAGCGGCGUGACUUGCAACACUCCCUCCGGGAACAGCUACUGGGAGAUGGAGGGCCCAGCCAUGGUGGAACAACAUGACAUCUAAACAAUUGAUUUCUUAAGAGUUUCGUUUUUACUAAGUUUGUUAUUAUAAUUGUGUUUAAACUAUAUUGCUGUGACUCACUCCACGACGCCAAUGCUAACUGAUGACGAACAUAGGUGAGUGGAGAUACUACGUGAACACUUCAACGGGGAGUAAUUGUUCCCCUGGAAAGGAAUAGAUUGAAAUCAUUUCGAUUCGCUCCCACUCAGAACCAUAAGGUUGGACUGUGUUAGGGGCACAUGUAGAGACUAAAUACUUUUGUACAGAACGAAUUUGCAAAAUUCUUUGCAGACAAAUCCCAUUCAACAAC